UGUUUAAAAUUAAUACUCGGAAAAUGCACGUUCGUUUAACAUAUAAAUACAUAAUUAGCGCCUCGUGGAGAAUAUUCUUCAGAACCACGGAAGCCUGCGCACGCCUUUUUCCAUAAAUCAAGCCUCAAAAAAGUGUUAACUGAAAAUACAAUAAUGAACAACGUCGAGUUAUAUGAGAAACACAAUAGCUUACAAAGGCAUGAUGCCAUUCAAUUCCUUGAAGAAUAUUCGAAGAACCUCCACUGGAAAGAAGGAGCCACAGUGAUCGAUAUUGGCAGUGGAGAUGGCAAAGUCACAGCUACCAUAUUGAAGAAAUACUUGCCUCCGCGAACCAGAAUAAUAGGCACCGACAUAAAUGAAAGAAUGGUUAGUUUCGCCAACCAAAACUAUGCUUCAGACGACGUAGAAUUUAUAGUGCUUGAUAUUGAGGGUGAAUUGCCCGAGAAAAUGCGAGGCAAAUUUCAACAAGCGUUUUCCUUUUAUGUUCUGCACUGGCCUGAAAAACAUGAUGUUGUCUAUACAAAUAUUUAUAACAUGCUAGCUGAUGAAGGGGAGUGCAUGCUCAUGUUCCUUGGGCAUGUGUCCUUCUAUGACGCUUUGAGGAAUUUCGCCAAAAACAGCCGAUGGAGUCCUUGGAUGAAGGAUUUGGAAAAAUAUUUGUCUCCUUACCAUGACAGUCAGGAUCCCGAAAAAGAAAUAAAGCGCUUAAUGUACAAAAUUGGAUUCACCCACGUUGACGUAAAAUACAAACCGAAAACAUUUCUAUAUGAUAGCGCGGACGAGAAAUUGAAAUCUUUAUCGGCUGUAAACGCAAUAAAUAUUCCAAAGGAACUAUUCGAUGAAUUCAUGGCAGAAGCUAUGCAAGAGGUGUGUCGUAUCGACAGAAUGAACAGAGAUGUUGAUCACUCCCUGGCCAUGCAAACUUUUUAUUAUAAUUUAGUUUAUAUUUAUGCUAAAAAGUAGAUACUACGUUUAAUUGAAUUAUUGUAAAUAGUAAACAGUAAUAAUGGAAUAAAUAUAAAAUAUUAUUAAAUAAAUAUAAUAUAUUUGUGAUAAAUAUCUAGUUACCUUCUCACAAAUAAAUGAUAAUACUGUACACUUAAUUGAAAAUUAUUUAUUUACAUCCAGGUUAAACCGACUUUUUAACUAAUUGUGCAUACAAGAGUAAACAUAAGAUAUUAGCUUUUUUUGACGUCACUACAGCCUUCAACAAAUAAUCUCCGUAAAAAAACGAUGGUCCAAUGAGCUGUUUAGUUAUUUCGGAAAAAUUUACGCUAUUAUGAAAUACAGCCUGAAAAUUAAAAUAAAAAGUUUAUUAUUUAUGUAAAAUAAAUCAAGAAUAUACACACUUCUUUAUUUAAAUGCUUACAAAUAUUAUGACGAAAUUACGUAAUGAACGAAACCUUUGAUCUAAGAACGAAAGUUGAAACCUUGGUUGAAACGUAUAAGAAAAUAAAAUAAAUUUUAAUAAUUUUAGAUAAUAAAUAAAUGUAUAUAUAUAACCUUCUCGACGACACAAUUAUGUGCAUUCAGGUAACUCUCAAUUAACUGCGCAAAGAGGAAAUGUUUGCAUGGAUCCAUCAAUUUAUAAGACCACAUCAGGUUUUUCUUAUUGUCCUUGACAGAGUAUACCAUUAUCUUUACCUAUAAUGAAAUAAAAAACAGUGAGUGAGUAAAGUGCUUUUUAACCUAGUCUUAGCAAAAGGGCGAAGAGUAACACACUACUUACAAAACAAAAGGCACUCGCAUUAGUGAUCAAACAAAAAAAAAAUCGAUAGACUGAAGACUAUAGAUUUCAUGAAUAAGUUCACGCUGCAGAAUAAGAACUCUAGAGAAAUCUCUGAAGCGCAAUAUUGUUUGAGUAUUGUUGACAGAAAAAAAAAUUAAAAAUAAUAAUUUUGUUUUCAUUU